AUGAAUGAUACAAUGAUUGACCAAAUUAUAGCCAACUUACUCCGGAAAACGUUGGAAACACCAAAAUUUUCUCGUAGCAAAGAGGAAAAUGUUACCGAUUGGGUGAAGACGGUAAAAGUUGAAUUCAAGUUGGCAAACUGUCCAGAUUCAGCUGAAGUUACGCGCAUUCACUCAUAUUUAUUUCAUCAACAACACUAUCAAGUACAUUAUGAUCAACACACGUCAAUACCACCGACAAUUACGCCGACAUUACUAGAGUAUGAAGAAUUAGAAUGGCCAGAACAAGGUGAAACAUGGGCUGAUUAUGAGAUAAAAGAACAACGAGAAAGAUUUCAAAAAACACCAAUAAAUGAAUGUGAUAUAUUAAGUAGUGGUAAACAAUUAUCAACAGCAGAAGGAGAAGAAAUCAAUGAUAAAAAACAAGAGCAAUUAGCAAGUGGUGUUAUUGGGACGAUGGAUAAAAGUCAUACUGUUCUAUUGUCAAAAUUAUAUGAGGCAAUGAAACAAUUUCAAGUGAAAAGGAAAUCACCACAAGUAUCAUUGUCGUCGUCGUCAUUAUUACAAUUCGCACGCUCUACUAGUCGUUUAUCAUCCCUAUGCUUCUGUAAUGGUACAAGUGGUGGAAAAGCAUUAUUCACAACAAGUAUUCAGGAUAUUUAUCAAGUAUUAAAUGAUGGUGGCCGUAUGUUCAUCAUAGGUUUAUUGAAACAUGACAUAACGAAUACAUUAGGUAAUACGAACUGGUUAUGCAAUUUACGGCUCCGUGAGCGGCAAAAGGUUUUAAAAAAAGAAGAGAUGUUAAUCGCAUUUAUGUUAGGUUCCCGGGUAAACUAA